CGCCUUUUCUCUUUCUCCCUUUCUUUCCUUCCCUUUUUUUUAAUUUUCGCUCUUCAAGAAGCCCUUAAAAAAGCUAUCAAUUACUAGACAAGGAGUUCUCUUUUCUCUUAUUUUAUUUUACUUUCCCCCUUCCUUUCAAAAGUCUAAAGCUCCAUAUAAACUACAUCAGCCAUGGGUUGCUGUUUGAGUCAAGAUGACAAGGAGAGUCGUAGCCGCAAUGAGGCAAUUGAGAAUCAGCUUCGGCGCGAUCGUAUGCAGAUGCGUAACGAAGUCAAGAUGUUGCUACUUGGUGCUGGAGAGUCUGGAAAGUCAACCAUUCUCAAACAAAUGAAGCUGAUUCAUGAUGGUGGUUACUCCAAAGAAGAACGUGAAGCAUUCAGGGAGAUCAUUUUUAUUAACACUGUUCAAAGUAUGCGUGUUAUCUUGGAGGCAAUGGAUAACAUGGAGUUGCCUUUAUACCACGACGCCAAUCGUAAUUAUGCCAUCAUCAUCAUGAGCCUUCCAUUGCAGAUCGAGGGUGAAUAUAUGCCUCAUGAAGUAGCCGUAGCCAUCCAGAACUUAUGGCUUGAUCCCAAUGUCCAACAAGCUUUCCAACGCAGUCGUGAAUACCAAUUGAAUGAUUCUGCAAAAUAUUACUUUGACUCGAUCGACAGGAUUGCAAAGCCCAACUAUGUGCCCACAGACCAAGAUGUGCUGCGAUCACGAGUGAAGACAACGGGUAUUACAGAGACAACAUUCUUGAUUGGAGACUUGACGUAUCGGAUGUUCGAUGUAGGAGGACAACGGUCGGAGCGUAAGAAAUGGAUUCAUUGUUUCGAGAACGUGACAGCGAUUGUGUUCUUGGUAGCGAUUUCAGAGUAUGAUCAAUUGUUGUUGGAGGAUGAGACCGUGAACCGGAUGCAGGAGGCCUUGACAUUGUUUGAUUCGAUCUGUAAUUCACGCUGGUUCGUAAAAACGUCCAUCAUCUUGUUCUUGAACAAGAUUGAUCGUUUCAAAGAGAAGUUACCUGUUUCGCCCAUGAGAAAAUAUUUCCCAGAUUAUGAAGGUGGCGAUGAUUAUGAUCAAGCAUCACAGUACAUCCUUAACCGAUUUGUGAGUUUGAACUUGUCAGACACAAAGCAGAUCUAUACUCACUUCACAUGCGCUACAGAUACAAGCCAGAUCAAAUUUGUCAUGGCUGCUGUCAGUGAUAUUAUCAUUCAAGCAAAUCUUCGGGAAUGUGGGUUGAUGUAGUAAUAGGAAAAAAAGGAAAAAAAAAAGAA